AUUGAUAGGUGUGAUACAUAAUAGAUAAACACGCGGCUAUUGUUCUGUGUGGUGUUGCAUGUAUAUAUCUCGGUACAAAACUCUUAUAGUUUAUUUACGCACCGGCUGGAGGACAGGACAUGAACAUUUUCGUUUGAAUGAUGACAUGAUCUGAAUCAGGGGACACUGAUAGGGUCUAUAUACAUUUGUUUGGUCAUAAGAAAACGCGCUCACACUCUUCAGGUUGAAGAGAUCUCUUAAAAAUAAGACAAGCCGUUUUGAUUGACUCUAAACCUAUCUUUUCAGACUAGUCUUGAGAGAGGACUAUCGAACAGAAAAAAAUUAAACGAAAUAACGAAAGGUUAUAAGACUUGAGGAAACUAACGAAAUAUUGACAAUGCUGGGCAAAAGAAGAGUUUUGUGUGUAACCCUAAUGGGGCUAGUUUGUUGUGGACUGGUUGGAGCACAGUCUCGGAAACGGUGUGAUGUACGUGCUGGAAUGAAACGACGGGGAAAGAUACCAAAGGUUUGUGAAGAGGGACUGAUUACAUUUGACUAUCCCUGGAUGGUUGAUCCCAAAAGGUCUCUGGUGGUUAACGCUAGGGGUUGUAAGGAUGGCUUCAGACUGUGUAUUUAUAGCUGUACUGAAGAUGUACUUAUCGGUGACAAACAAAACCUUCUCAAGAAAAAUGAAAUUUGGUGCUUGAGGAAAGGACAAAAAGUAACAAUCACAAAGUAUUCCACCCAAAUGUCAUAUUCAGCCGUAUUCCGAUACUUUAACAAGGCCAACUUGCAGGAAUUCAUUGACAGACCGAAGAAAAGUUGUUGGGUGUAAACAGAUCAGAAGUUUAUUUAAACUUUAACCCUGGCAAUUAGAUUGAAUAAAUACAUCCCUUACCUGAUAUAGUAUCCGUAUCGUUGUAAUAGUUAUUAAUUUACUUAAUUACAACAGAAAUGGCGUGAAAAGGGACUCAAAUUCGUAGCUUCAGGUAAAUAGCAUUCUAUCUACGUGUCAAUUCGAUCAACUUCUUGUCUCCAAUGGAAUUUCCCGUCAUAGGGAAUGAUUGUUUCAGAUAUCCAAUGCAAAAUUCAUUAUAAGCCAUACAAAAAUGAUUUUCGAAAUGGUAACUUAGACUUUUUACUUUAAAGGUAAAAUUACGCUAUGCAAACCCUAAUUACAAAAAUAUGGGAGGCAGAUAUUUUCGACCGCUGUGGAUAAAUAUUGGAGACAGGGGAAAACCAUAGCCCUUGCUUGCGCAUGAGAUAAAUACAUUUCCCUUACACCGUACACAUUUCAAUACAAAUACGGACAACGUAGUGGGCAAUUCAUUUCCCUUACACCGUACACAGUUCAAUACAAAUGUGGUGGACAAUCCUUUCAACAUUGACAGAACAUCUUCAAGUGACUAGACAUAAAGCCCGCGUAGUUCAUGAACUCAUUUUUGCUCUCGAUAGGAUGAUUGGUUCAAAAAUAUCACCUGACCGGCAUCUCCAUGACACGUUAGAGUGACGUUAUAGUUUGUAAGUUCCGGUAUACACACAGGCCUACCUAUAAAAAGCAGGAUUAAUGUCAUAAGUGUCUAUUGAUAUCUGUGAUAAUGUAAAUGAUAUUUAUUAAAACUGCUACGUCGCCUACAAAAGAGUAAUUAUGAUCGAUUGGAAACAAGAAUACGCUGAUGUUAUAAAAUAUGAAAAUUUGACAUACUUAAAGCUAUUAUCACUUUCCAAUAGACUCUUUUUAUGUUUAAGAAUUAAAGAGAAUAGACAAUCAAUUGCAUCCCGAA